CUGGGCUCCAGUCCCAGCCCUGUUCACUCCGUCUCUCUGGUCAGGAUGGAGUCCGUGGCUCUGUUCUCCUUCUCACCGUCAGAAGACGACGAGCUCUGUUUUCACAAAGGAGACAUAAUCAAGGUGAUUGAAACAGAGGACGAUUCUGGUUGGCUGACAGCAGAGAUCCAGGGGAAGCGCGGCUACGUACCAGAAAACCACGUUUCUCUCCUGCCUCAAAGAUGGUUUGUGGGCCAGAUAACACGACUGGAGGCUGAGCAGCGCCUCUGGUGGCAGGUUACUGGAGUGUUCCUGGUGAGGGGCAGCGAAUCAGCUCCAGGAGAAUUUUCCGUCUCUGUAAGCUACGGUGACAGAGUGGAGCAUUUCCGAGUCCUUGAGAAGGGCGGUCAGUACUGCAUCUGGGACAAGUCCUUCCGGUCCCUCAACCGCCUGGUGGACUUCUACCGUAGUCACAGCAUCGAUGUGGAGGAAGUUGUCUACCUCAGAGACCCCCCCUUGUCUCCUCACCCCCCCUCCCAGCCUGGUUCUGGUUCUGGUUCUAACCCCUAUCCCAACCCAUACCUGAGCAGUUCUCAGGAGUUCACCCCAUCAGGCCGUGUCUACGCUCAGCCGGAGAGAGACACGCUUUCAGGGAAACGUCUCGUGGCUCGUGCCCUCUGCGACUACAACCCUCCUCAAACCACCCACCUGCACCUCCUGCGAGGAGAUGUCAUCGAUGUGCUCGACUGCUCCGGCCCGCAGACCUGGAGAGGGCGCUGUCGAGGCCGAGUGGGAUUCUUUUCACCGGAAUUCGUCCAAAUAUAUUAUCACUGAGAGGUAGAGAGAUAGAGACAGAGAGAGAGAGAGUACAGAAUAAUGAAUGAAAAACGACAAAAAUGUCACAGAUUGUACUUUAAAGUAUAAAGAAAUAUUCAUUAAAAUUAAACACUGCACAACACGGUUGGUCAGUGUGUAUUACUGUAAAACUAAUGGAACUUCCUUAUGGCCUUAUAUGGAACAGUAAACCAUUUACUGUUUAACAGCCACAAUAAAACAGUUCUCAGAGUUGAACACAUUAAAACAUCCAGUGUAAAAAUAGACAUCGGCCUCACAUGAAUAUUAGAGAACGAUACGAUGCAUUUAAUAAA